CUUACUACUGUGCUGCCAGUAGGUGUAGGUUCGCUACUCCAACGUGAAAACAUGAAAAAAGGCUUCUUCUUCUUCCUUUAAAAUCAUUUUCACAUCGCAUUAUUAGCCUCUCUCCGCUAAGUCAUGUGACAGGUUUGUGACAACAUGGCAGAGACUCCUGGACUUUGCCUCCUCGAGUACAACUGUCAUGCUUCAUCAGUAUAUAUAGGCAGCACAAUCAGCAGCCAGUCACACUUGACAAAGAGGCACACAACUACACAAGAGUAGUCAUGAGGAUCUUUGUUUUGCUCGCGUUGGCUGUGAUUUCUGGCUGCAAUGCCAACCUCUUCCACGCCGACGCCCCCAUGCCUCCGAUGGAGGCACUGACCGACGCCUUCUGGGACUACAUUGCCAAGGCCAGCAAGACUGCCGACGACACCCUGGAGAUGGUGAUGAAGUCGCAGUUUGGAGCAGAAGUCAACGCUCACUUGGCCGAGACCGCCGAUGUGGCCAGCAGGUACGCCAGCACCCUGAAGGAAAAACUCCCCUUGGCCGCCCAGGACCUGAUGGCCAAGAUCAGCGCCGAGGCCGACGUCUUGAUGAACGUGGUGAGCCAGGACCUGAGCUCAGUCGGCAAAAAGGUUGAGCAGUACUCCAACACCUUGAAGUCCCAGAUCCAGGAGAGGGUGGAGCAGCUGAAGCGGGAGCUGAACGCUUACGCUGACAACGUAGAUUCAGAUGCCCUGAAAGCCACAAUCGUGCAGAGCAGCCAGGAGCUGAUGGCCGGCCUGCAGCUCAGCAUCAUGGAUCUGGAGAGCAAGCUGGGCCCCUACACGGCAGACUUAAAGAGACACGUUGACGAGCACCUGAUGGCCUUCCAACGCAACAUCGGCCCCAUGACCUACAGGUUCCAGGAUGAGCUGAGCUUCAGGAGCAGAGAGGUGCAACGCCUGGUGGCGCCCUAUGCAGAAGACCUGAAGGAGAGGUUGGACCAUUUUACAACGGACCUCCAGCAACAGCUCAGGGCCCAGUACGACUCCUUGGUCAACUAAAUGAAACUCGAGCGCAAGAUUCUCUUUGAAAGUUCUUCCCAAUUGUACUGUCGCUCCAAUCCAAUUUGUAUUUAUUUCUUAGCUCAAUUGCUCAACAAAUAUUUAUUGUUUUUAAGUCUGUUGCUGCUGAUGAUUUUUUUUUAAAGCAAAAUAAACACAAUCCUCAACGAAAAAAGUGGCAGUUAUAUUUCUUCAACAGAAGAAAUAUAUUUAAGACGAAUAAACGGACACUGUAUUUUCUUGA